AAGCGAGAUCUCAAAGUAAAAGGAAAAACAUGAACGUGUAAAUGAAUGAACGAGAGGCUUUUACGAUUUUUCAUAACUUUUAUAAAUUCUCGAAAUAUUGUUUCCUUUCGUGAAAGCAAUCUUCAUGUGUAUUCUAUUCGAGUUUUUGAACGAAAGAGAAUGAGCAAAGAAUAUAUUAAAACAGUAAAAAGAAAGAAAAAAGAACACGAAGCUUAUAAUGGGAGUUUUUUUUAGUUAGGGUUUCUAUCGAAGCUAGGGAGAAGGUCAAAUCUUGGUAGGUGCGAAGGCGAUACGAGGAGAAACGGCAGACGCGGGGUUGUCCACCUGAUGACCUUGCCGUUGAAAAAAUCGUGGAGUAGCCGGCAGCGAGCUCGGAACUGGCGGCGUGAGCCAUCUGCGAGCCAGUUCUGUUGUAGAGCGCGCGAGACUAGGACUAAUCCUAAUAAACGCCGAGCCGGAGUCGUUGCCGAGGUCGAAUAAACGAGCGCACGAGCUCAACGCAACUUGCCCGCUCUUUCAGUGAAUCGAGAAAUUGAGUCGUUCGUCGAUACCCAUGAGGUAACCAAGUCUAAAGAAUAUAGAGAACCAGAUCCGAGUACUUACGUGAGAGAAACAAGGAAGAAAAAGAAAUGAGGAUAUCGUUGAUCUGGAUCUUACUCUUGCAACUGUUGUUCGGUAUCGCACAUUCAUACCAAGAAACCGAUUUCGAUGGUUGGUAUCAACCAGUGGCACGUCGACCGGUCGACGUCGUUACCGACAUUGUUAACGAUCUUGGGGUGAGAAUCCUUCAGCAAUACAGCAAUCUUGGAAAUGUCGCCUUUUCACCAAUCGGAGUUGCUUUCGUUCUGGCUGCGCUUUACGAAGGGUCAACUGGCGGAGGAAGUCAUCAGAUAGCAGAAGUUUUGGCUUUGCCACACAACCGAGACAUCACCAGGAUUGGUUUUCGUGAUAUUCAUCGUCGACUCAGAACUUACCUGAACGCCGAUGGUUUUUUGGGUGGCUUGACGUUAAACAGAGAAAACACCAAACUCCGACCAGAAUACGAGGACAUUUUACGAUUUUAUGGCUUUAAUUUGUCGGAUAUAGAUGAGAAAGAAUCCAAUGAUACAACAACAAUGUCCGCAGGAGCUAUUGAAGUUACAAAUGCACCGACCACUGAAUCAGAGGAUUCUACUAAACCAUCGACAACUAUAAUUGACACUACUCUUUCCUCAGGUUCUUCAAUCAUCUCAGAAUCUAUGGAGCUACCCGUAACUUCUAUUUCCAUAUCUUCUAUGACCGAAACACUUGGAACUACAAUCAACGAGGAGAUGGUAUCGGACAGGCUAACGCAAGUAUCUAAUAUUAGCACCACAAUUUCCAGUACAAGCGAUUCUAAUACCUUUACUACAAUCGUGACUGACGGAAAUUUGAGUACUAUGCCUCAAAAUUCUACGUAUUCUAUGCAAUUACCAGCUGUUACAAUGCCAUUUGAGACAAUGCAAAUUACGGUUGGUCAAACUAUCGGAGAGACAAGCACAAUUAUACCGAACAUUUCUGAUACGACCAACGUGAUGAUGAGCGAUUCUCAAAUAACGGUUAAUACUGCUAUUACGAGUUUGCAAAAUGCAGAAAAUACAAUGAUUCCAACGAGUACAUUAUCUCUCACUACGAUAAUUGCAUCUGUAACACCUUCGAAUAUGCAAACAAGUUCAAUAGACUCGACCGAUCAGAUCGAGGCAAUGAACUUACCUACAGAUACGUCAUCGGUCGAAACGAAUAUAACAACGACGACUCCAGUUUCCGUAACAACGAGCGCGGGGAAUAAUCUCGAGAUCGGACCUCCCGCUGAAGAAAGUACCGUUUUGACGAAUCAGCCGACAAAUGGACCGAACACUAUGAUCGGAAUUGUGGAUCUUGGAUCUACGAAUUCGAUAAACGAAGGAGGACAAGGAAUGACCACAGUGCCAGCUUUGAUAGAAAAUGUCUCGAGGAAUCAACUUCGAAAGCGAAGUACGAGAAAUUCCCGAGGCUACUUCUCUAGUUAUCCAGACGAAGGUAUCUGGAUGCAGGAUCUUGGCAUUUGGAAAGCCUAUCCGACCAUCAACAACGAGGCUUCCGUCAGGGAUUCUACAGAAAUAUCUUUUCUAGUGAAUGGUUGCGACGUGUCCUCGGUAAUGGCUAGUAGAUAUGUUGCGGUUCUACCCUUUGCGUACUUUCCAUCGCUGCAAGCUGUUGCCGUUGAGUUUCCUUUGGACGAUCCGAGAUAUAACAUUCUUCUUCUUAUGCCGACGGAUAGAACAGAUACGCAUCGUCUGGCGAGAGAUCUCGGCAGGAAGUCAUUGAGAUGGUUACGGAAGCAGUUGCAACCAGCUUGGGUCAGAGCUACCAUACCCUCUUUCAUGCUACGCGGUUUUGUCACUCUCACGUCUUUUCUUCAAAGACUUGGAAUAACCGAUGUCUUCGAGCCAAGAGUGGCCGACUUGUCACCGAUGACUUCGGAUUUAGGAGUUUAUGCUAGAGACAUCCAACAAAGCAUAGGAGUGAAUAUAAGGAAUUACAUGAAGCCGGAUAGAACCCACUCUCGUGAGUCAACUAAUAUCGAAUCACCGAUUCCCAUCGUACCAUCUCGUCGAAAUUCUUACCGUUUUCUUCUUCAUUCAGGAAAUGGUUUAUUCGAACGAGCUGGACCAGUGCCGUUUACAAUCGUACAUCCGUUUCUUUAUUUUAUCAUCGAUACUGAAACCUCGGUAACGUUGAUUACCGGUCGAGUGGACGAUCCUCUUAAUUCAAGAAUCAUUUAGAUAUCGUUGAGUAUUUUUCCAACAUGAAUUGAUACGAGAUCAUUGGAAAUUACGAAGUAUCAGGUAAAGAAAAAACGAAAAACUCCAAAGUAAUAAUAAACGUAUAUUUAUUUGACGACUCUUAUAAAUAACUACAAACUUAUAAACAAGUAUACAUAUAUAUUUA